AUGCCAUCUCUGCCAAUGCGAAACUCUCGUCUCAAGGUUGACAUUGCCCUAAAUGGGCAGGUCAAGGGCCUUGUCCCGUCGUAUACUACAUUCGACAAAAUCGAGGGCGAGGUCCAUAUUCAAGCAGAACGAGAUACGGCAUUCGAUCAUGUCCAGAUUACUUUCGAAGGUUGGUCGCCAACACACCCUGAGAUGGACUCAAAGCUAAUCAAGGCAGGUAUAUCCAAAACAAUCAUUCAACGACAAUCCCCCGUCGCACAUAUAACAAACGACCUCAACGCCUUUCACCCUUUCCUCAGAUUGAGACAGCCUGUUGACCCAAACACAUACCCGGAAUCGCGCGAAUUCAAGCCUCUGGAGACAUACAUCUUCCCCUUCACUUUCGUCGUCCCCGAGCACCUACUGCUCCAUGCCUGUAGCCAUUUCACAACCAAUCCCCAUUUAAAAGCAGUGCAUACACAAUUACCUCCAACACUAGGUGACGCAAUGCUCUCCGACGACGGCAAAACAAUGAUCAACGAUAUGGCACCAAUGAUGAGUGAAAUCUCCUAUAAACUCAAAGUCGCCGUUAUGACCAAGAAUCCGCCCGCAAGCCCCAAGCCGUUUUAUGCGAUUACUUCAGUCGCGAAGAAAGUGCGCAUUAUCCCCGCGACAACGGAGCAGCCGCCGCUGGAAGUUGGGUGUUACAGUACAGAUGGAUACCGAGUUCGACGGGAGAAGCAUGUCCGGAAGGCGUUACUGGGUGGGAAGACGGGUCGAUUGGUGGUUUCUGCGGCACAACCGAAGCCCUUGCAAUUAUCUGCGCCGGGCAGCACGGGCUUCAAAGCGCCCGUUAGUAGUCAUGUCAAGCUUCAUGUGAGAUUUGAUCCGGAGACGGAAAAUGAGCAGCCGCCACGACUCAAGUCGACGUCAAGUAAGCUGAAAGUGUCAACUUUCUAUGCAACGCAGCCGUGGUCGGACUUUCCGUCCCAGGCGGUUGCCGAAGCGUAUAAUCAUACAACACACGGUGUAUAUUCCGAGACGAUCAAUUUGUCCUCACUAUGCGUGGCAUCGGCGCAGUGGAAGAAGCACGACGGUACAGAAUUGGAUGACUCACGACGGAGUUCGCUGGUAUCAGAGUCGUCAUCCUCGCUGGCAGAGAGCCUGAUCCAUCAUCCAUCGGCAUCAUCUUCCUACUCCGGCAAGACAUUCUACACCGCAUCUAUACUUGUUCCCGUUAACCUGACCGCAAACCGAGCUUUCGUGCCCACGUUCCACUCCUGUCUCGUCUCACGAGUGUACACACUUGAUCUGUCCCUAUCAUAUCAACCAGCCAGCACAAAGUUGCUCCUCGCACCGAGUAUAUCUCUUCAUAUUCCCAUCCAAAUCACCUCCGCACCUGGCAACGGCCUCGCCGCUCUUGAAGACAUGUCAGAUCUCCUACUCCCCGAAACUCAGAUCGAGGAAGAAUUCUACCGCCCGCGAAACGUCGCGCCGCCGACCGAAGAGGAUUAUCAAGAUCACUACACACAGCGCUCGUCGAGUGACUCAUUCCAAGAUGCGCAGUCGCAUACCGGCAGUAGUGAUUAUGCGCCUCCGGAGUACUCGACAGUCACGCAGUCGGGGGCUGGGGUGCGGACGUCGAACCCGUUGUCGCCGGGUUGGAUGCUUGAUAGUCUUCAAUGA